CCUUCAUCUAUGACAGAGCUUCUUUGUUUAGAUGUGAAUUUGAAAUUGAAAUGGACUUUAGUCAAUUUCGGCGAUAUUUGUUUUCUUUUGUGUGGUGUUACUUUCGUUAUGAAGACUAGAAAUUCGCGGUGUAGGUAAAUUUAUCUUUGAUAUUUACAGACAAUAAAAUUAAAAAUAGGUUUUUUUAAUACACUUGUUGGUUGCGAAUAGUAAGAAUAUGCCCGGCGCAGGAGAUGGAGAGUGGUUGAACGCUCUACUUCCAUUAGCCGUGCUCGUCCGGGAAUGUCAGACUCCCGUCUCGCCUGCGCGAGUCAAUGUACUGACUGUUGGCGCGCUGGGACUCGUACCUUCCGUAGCAGGCACAUUCGUGUCGAGAACAUGGCCCGGGAAGAGCUCUGCCCCGAACACACUCGCGUGCUGUGUCGCAAGUGCGUUGUUCGUGUUCGCGGUCGCCAAAGUUGGUGUGCUCCAUAGCAUAGCAGUAGCUUUCUUCAUGACCUUCGGUUUCCAACAUGUGAGGAAUUUAUUGCUGGAACAUUGCCCUUUGAGUUUUACCAUUGGUGAGGCGAGUGUUGUCUCGCAAGGAUUGUUGUUGUUUAUCACAUCAUGUGAGAACAAUGUGUUGCAGUCUCUUUAUGAAAGUCCGAAAGACUGCGUGGAAAUAGUAACUCUUAUUUUGCAGGUGGGCUUGCUGGGGGUUGGGCUGAUCUGCGGGGCAGUGUGGCUUCUGCCGGCGCUCCGCGCUCCCGUGCCGUUCUAUACGGUCGUGCUUGCAGUGGCUGUGGGCAUGGUGGUCCCGGCCUUGUAUUUCCUACUGGAGUUCAACCCAGUCAAGUGGAUAUGGCUGUUUAUGUUCGAAACACAGGAAUCGGCUAUGAUGUUUCUGUACUGGGUGGUGUGCUCUGUGCUGGCCGUGAAGGCGUUGUCGUCCCAAGUGGAAGCCGGCAAGCGUGCCUCCACCAGCGUCAGGAAGUGUUUCCACGUGCUCGCAGUGGCUGUGUUCCUCCCAGGACUCAUCAUGCAUCCGUGCUUACUCUACUUGUCGAGCGGAGUCGUGCUGGCUCUGUUUCUCAUCCUCGAGGCUUUUAGGAUCCUACAGAUGCCACCACUAGGUGGUGCGUUGCAGGACAGCUACUCCGUCUUUGUAGACGAGAAAGAUGCUGGUGGCUUGGCUCUCACGCCAAUAUACCUGCUGGUGGGUUGUUGCACGCCCAUGUGGCUACAUCCCGUGCUCAGUUCGGAGGCUCUGCUGCCUUUGAUGAGUGGCUUACUGGCCGUCGGGAUCGGAGACACGGCGGCUAGCGUGUACGGACAUAAGUUUGGACGCCACAAGUGGAAAGAUUCCAAGAAAACCAAAGAGGGCACUGCUGCCUGCAUAAUCUUUCAAAUGGCUUUUGUGGCCAUUUUGAUGAUGUUUGGUUUAGUGGAGAGUAACUGUAUCGAGUAUGUAAGAACGCUGAUUGCUGUUGUUUCAUCGUCCAUAGUGGAAGCAAAGACGGACCAAGUGGAUAAUCUGUGUCUUCCUCUUAUCACAUAUCUGUUGUUAAAUGUACCUAUCAUGUUUACUUGUAUGUAAGCAUCUUUACAAGAGAAACUAUUAUAUUUUUGUACAAAUCCAUUAAAAUAAACCAAAGUUGAAUAAAUAUUCCAGCCGUGUACAGGAUCAUAUUUUCACUUUGCACUGGUUUAGAUGGCAUAAAGGUUGGAAAAAAAAAAAAACAAAAAAAAACAAAGGCAAGGUGUUAAGUUUAACAUAUACAAAGAUUUAAGGCAAAAUCUAAGAAAGUAGCAUGUACUGAACUACUUGGUUAGAAACUCUUAUUUGCUCCAAACAUGACACUUGAACAACAGUAGCAUUAGCAUUAGUGAUCAUAGUCAUAGGGAAUCGUUCAAGAAUGAACUAUGUGUUAUAGCAAAUUAACAUUAAAUCAAAGUACAGUAGCACCCUGAUUUUAAAUUACAGCUUUCUACAUUUUCCCAUAAUUUGCAUAAUUUUAUUUCAGCCCCAUUUUAUUUUACUUAAUGCAACCAAUUCCUGUUGAUUAAAAUGCACCUACAAUCUGCUUCCUGCAAUUUACGCUGUCUUUUUGACGUGCCAACGUCUAAUAAAUCGAUGAACGCCGGCUGCAUGCACGAAAAAGUGUCCCGUAAUGCACAUUGUCCCACUACGAUGUGUCCCGUUACGCUCAUUGUACGCUUGCGCUGCAUCUAUCUCUCUUCCACUCAAUUUGACUUUUCAAUCAUGUUUUCGUCGUUUGAAUUAUUAAUAUUAUGUAAUUUAAUGAUCGUCCACCGAUUUUCAGCACAAUCGGUACGGCUAUUUAAAAGUAAUGUUGAAUUUUCAAAUACGUUUUUGUACGAACAAUGGUGUUUUACAGUUACACAUAAUAAUUCUAAUUACACACUGGAUCUUUUGCACAAUGUUUAAAAAAAUAUUGUAACACAUUAUAAAUAAGUUUGGUGUAUUUGGGAUGCGUAUAUGUUAUAAAAUCGUAUUAAAAAAAACGAAAUAAUAUUAUUACCCUACGGUGUUGACAUCUACGGUGAUGGACGCGAACCGAACGAAUCGCGCUAUCAGCUUCCACGGCAACCAGGCACUUGUUAAUACAUAUUUUCCAUGCACUCGUUAAUACAUAUUUUCCUUUGUUUAUCGCGAAGGGUGUUAUUAUUAAUGAAUUAUAAAUAAAAUUUCGUGCCCGGGGCCACAAUUGCAUAUCAUUUUGAGCACUGGAAGACAUAAAAACGUAAAAUAUUCUCGACGAAUUUUAAUCUCGGCCCCAGCGCACCACGAGCGUCUGGGUUGGAGAUUAAAGCCGAAAUUCAUUCUUAAACUUACUAAUACUUAUUUUAUUAACUGCAAGGGCAUUUUUAUUAAAUUCUACGUUUAAUUUCACGACGAACAAACUUCGUCGUUAAAUGUGUAAUUGCGAAAAAGCGUAAAACAUUCUCGACGAUCUUGAAGUUAAAUAGCUAACAUGUAUAAAAGUUAUAGUUAAAAUGAUCUGUUCGUUAAAGUAAUAAACAUAUUUGAAUUAAUGAGUACAAAUAAAAGUAAAUUUAUCAGUUAAAUUGUAGAUUUAAUUUCACUCCUUCUUUGUAUCCAUACAAAAUAAUGAUAAUCCAAUAAAAAUGAUUCAACUUUAUUCAUAAAAGUAUGCAAUCAUUUCAUCAAUGUUGUGUUAUGACGUCACGUUAAACUAUAGUCCGUAAACCGACUUUACAGACAACUAAUUUUUUUUUGUUAUACCUACAUCAAUUCGAUAUUCCCGUAUUUGUCACGUGAAGAUAACACUUACGUGUGAAAUAUCAAAUCCAAAAUGCUGUUGGGAACACUAGCAAUAUAGCUCCUGGAUUUUUUGAUGUGCUCAUAAUAAAAAGUAUUUACAAACUGCCAACACUGACCUAAUAAUGGCAGACUUCGAGAGAAUUUGGCAUGUGAUGCUAGCACUACAGUUUAUAGAAAUUCCAAUUGUCUAGCAGUAACUUAUACAUACCAUAUUACAUAGGUAGUUUAUAUUAACAGUAUUCAUCUUUGUCAACAUCUGUUAAAAAUAACUGAUCUGUUAAAAAUUUAGAUGUCAGCGUAAAAUUUUCUUUUUUACUGCAAGUAAAUAACUGAAAUUUUAUCGGUACUUUUUUUUUAUCAAGAUAGAAAAUAUGGAAAACAUUUUCAACUGAUGAAUAAACUAAGCAUUUUAAAGUGCAUGGACAAGCACAAAUGUACUUGUGUUUCAAUUGCUGAGAGUUUAGCCGUGCCUAUUGUAAAAAAUCGCAAAAUCAAUGAAGAAAAUGCAGCUCAGUGUGGUGAUAAAGAACUAUUUUUAUUAAUAUUCUUAACCUGUAAAUGUCUGAUGUGUUUGUGACUUGCUAUGUAUGAAAGUAUCCACAAUCUACAGUAAAACCCUGUUAGGACUUUUUCAAGGGACUGGAUGUUUAAAAAUUUAUUACUAACAGGGAAAUCUUUUAAAAAGGAAAUAGUACAGAUCAGUUGCUACAUAAAAUUAUUCAAGUGACAUACAUACUUAGGUUAUGCACUAUUUGUUCAGCGUUCUCUUUUAAAAUUGGGUCAUUUGUGGUGAUUCCCUUACCACAUAUAUUUGUUAUUUAUAAAAAGCCUUGCAUUAAACUUUUAAAUGUUUAUUGUGGACUUACCCUCUUUUAUCACAUAAUCGUCGCAUCCAUAUUUUAGGCCGUCAAAAUUGGGAUAAAAAAAACUUUCACCUGUAAACUCGCAUGAUGUUUUUGGUCCCGCUAGUAGAUGCCGAGCGCUUUGUGUAGGAAUCAUUUCCGUAUAAAACUAUGUAUUUUAAAGUAGAAAUCUAAUAUUUAUUCGGUCAUUUCAUUACCACUUAAUUAAUGGAAAAAUACGAAGUUGUCCGACGUGUAAAUUUUCUUAUAAAUACGUUUUUAAACGUUAUUUCCUUUAUCUGAUUGUCUGCGUUGCCGCGGCGUACCACUUAUAAAAAUGUAGCCAGCACACCAUUCAUGUUUGGUUAUGUUGCUUCCCGUAUAGAGUGCGCGCACGUAGUCGAAUAUAGAUAUCUCACCGAUUGGAUGCAACACGCGCUCUCUGUCAGGUGCCGAGUUAACUACAUUUGAUAGCCCGCAUUCUUUCGUGGCAAGUGUGUACUACAACCUAUUUAAAGUUGAAGAAAGGUUUUUGUUUAAUGAAUUAUUAAUAUAGAUUGUUUGGCGUGCUCUUGUAUACUCCACCUUUUUUUAAAUAAACGUAGUUUCCAUGAACGGGAUUUGUUAUUAUGAAUAACUUUACCUAACAAAAAAUUUUUUCCCCCGCAUAAUUAUCGCACCCCUAUCUUUCAAACUUGAUUUUAGAAUAAAAUGUGCGACAAUUAUGCGAGAAAACAUGGUAAGUUACCAUUAAAACCACACAUUGGAGACCCUCAGAGGCCCUGGUGCAACAUGUACUGUGGUUGCCUCUCUAAUUUAAAUAUUUUCAGUAAAAUUCUUUGUCAAUACAUGUAUUUAAUAUACUGGGUGGUAAAUAUUUUAUUUAUUGAUUAACUGUAAAUAAUCAUUUUUUUCGUAUGGGGAUGGGCCAGAAAAAAAACAUGAAUGUAAUGGCUAUAAACUGCAGCUGUUUUGUUCACAGCAGUGAAGCACCAUAGACAUCUCGGUCACAGAUGACUGAAAUCAAUGCCAUGUUAGAAAGAUUAUACAUAAAAUAAAUUGGGAAGUUGUUGAGAAACCAUACACUACAAAUUCUCACCUUUCAAUUGAAAUUUUUAUUGCAAUAACAUCACUCACAAACAACAACCAUGUUUUUUUGUACCCAAGGCACAAGUUUUCAUAUCCGGAGCUUUUUAAAUCAUUUUAGGUUUUUUUCCAGCAGAUGCAGAUCCUGCAAACAUUGCAACAGCUUCUCACAGAAAAAAAAAAUCACAACACACAAACCACAUGCAAGAUGUCUCGUUCCUUUAAGCAGUAGCAGAUCAACCAAGGUUGUAGGAACAUGAGCACUAUGCGAUGUUGUCGAGUUUUGAAUAAGCCUCGUACCAUGAUUUUCCAACACAUGUUUUACGAAAAAUUGUGCACAAUUUAAGUGUAAAUAGGGUAUAAGCCCCGCCAAAAUCAGAUACUGUAGCAGGAUGAGUAAUAAAAUGUUUAUUAUUACAUCCAUCAUAAUAAAAAUUUUUACAACAGUGCUCAACAAACAAUGAAACUGUGAUCAAAUUUCUGUACCAGUUGUGUCACGCAAACAGGUCAACAAAUGGCUAGUGGUUUGUUGUAUAUUCUUCAGACCUUAUGCCUUGAAUGAGGGAAAUGGUGUACAGAUGGAACAGCCUCACAAAGUUGAUAUGAAUGCAAACUGAUGAUUGGUUGAAAAAUAUAUUGUAACAGCGUGCGUCUUGUGGUAAAGGUUUUGAUGGUCAUAUUUGUUAUUGUUUUGAAACAAUUUUUUAAUAGUUUAACGAUAAAUAUAGUUUAAGGAUAAACUUUAUUACAUUAUUUUUUUCCCUUUAACAAUGAACGUUAUAUGUGAGAAGCAUCUAUAAACGCAAACAUUAACAUAGGGAGAUCACAGCAAUCAACAAAAUAUGCUGUUUGAGACAGAGGGUGAAAUGGAAGGAGAAGUGGUCUGAAGUGGCAAGGCACAUCGGGAAUAAGGGAGGGUAUAGUCCUGGAUGACAUUACUUUAAUUGAAUAAUUAGUACCAAACUAUGAUGAGAAAGAUGCCCAUGUAAUAUAUUUACUAGGGAUGGGAAAGUCGAUCCGUCGAUUCUUCGAUACCCCGAUUUUUUGAUACAUAAUCGAUAAUCGAGGAUCGGCGAAAAUCACUGAUUAUUAAAAUUCUGCAGGAUGUAGACGUAAAGUGCUGCCUAGCAGCGGUUCAUCGCUGUCGUUGCAGUAAUUUUAGUCAGUUUUACAACUAAAUAAAUAACCAUAAACGAUAUAAUAAAUAAUAAAUGAAAUAUAACAUAGCUUACCACAGCUCAGUUGCCACAAUCCCGUAAGCGGGAACGGAGGUUGGCGAUUUCGUACUGUGCAUUUAGGGUUAUUUAUUUAUUAACGCAGUGUUAUCGUAUAAAGAAAUUGUAGCCCAACUUUUACUUGCUGAAUACACCCACAUUGGUAGCCAUGUGCACAAAAUUUCAAGAUUCUACUGAGAAGUGUGCCACGUUUUCUACGUUUCUAGUAUAUUUAUUCACUUGCGUUGUUGCAUAUUUAUUUUCGUCAAUGAUUUUUUUUGUUAACCAGCAUUUGUCUAUACAUGAACUUUCACAGGUUUGCCAACUUCCGGUACAGAUCUUAUUCUCAAUUACUUAACGAUAAAAUGCAAGAAUAAUGUGGCCAUAGCCCGUAACAUUUUACGAGUUACGUAUUUUCCGUAAUUUAUUUAAUAACAGUAAACAUUAAAUCACCAGUUAAUUACGCAACUUAAACAUAAAAUUUCAAUGGACGUUUUUGAAACACGUUUUCAUUCCAGUAAGUUACCAGUACGGCAACUGUAGAAAUUUUCUUACAUGCUUUUGUUUCCAGUGAUGCUUCUUUGUUUGAAUGUUGGGUAAUGUUAGCGCAAUACGAAUAGUAAAAUAACAUUUUUAUUUACGUGAUGUCUAGUGAAGUGUGGAAAUACUUUGUCAUCGACCGACAAAAUUCUGGCUACGCAAUAUGUCAAAUCUGUAAAUGUACAAUCUCACGUGGCGGUAAAUCUAAAACUACAACAAACAUGAAAAAACAUCUCGAAAACAAGCAUGGGAGUUACGUUCAUGAGACGAAGAAACAAAGGCUACAUUCAUCGGAAUUGAGCGAGAUUGAAGAAAAUGAAAUAGAUGAUAGUUCAGCACAAAAUUGUUCUUCAGAGACAACCUUGCCAUUGUCAUCAAAUUCAGAUGUUAGGCCUACUGCUACUGAUUCAUCGAGAGGCAGCGGUUCAGUGUCCCCGAGGCAUGCUGAGAAAGUUGGCCAAACGAAUAUUUCAUCAAGAACACCAAACCAGUAUAGGCUAACUCCUAAAAGUCAAUACCAGCCUACAUUACAAUCAUUUAUUGAUAAAACUGCACAAUUCAAGUCCACUGAUCCUCGUGCAAAAUCAAUAACUCAGCACAUAGGUAGAAUGAUGUGCUUAGACAAUCGUCCUUUUAGCAUGGUUGAAGACAGAGGAUUCACAGAAUUUGUCAAAUUCCUUGAGCCUAGGUAUGUUUUGCCCAGCAGAAAACAUUUUUCAAAUACUGUUGUACCACACAUGUACCAAGAAUGUAGGGAAAAUGUGAACAAAAAGUUGGACGAAGCUGAACAUGUGAGUCUUACAACAGAUAUGUGGACUUCAACAGCCAAUGACGAUUAUCUUGGUCUAACUGUGCAUUUUGUUGAUUCCAAUUUUGUCUUGCAACACCUCAACAUUGGGGUUAUUCCCUUUCCUGAAUUAUCUCACACAGGGAACAAUUUGUGCAAUUUUAUCACAGAAACACUUGAAGAAUGGAAGCUGCAAUCUAAAGUUGUUGCCAUUGUAAGAGACAAUGCCAGGAACAUAACUGCUGGCCUAGAAUCAUCCGAAUAUGAACAUCUGCCAUGCCUAGCACAUACCCUGCAGCUUGUUGUAAAGGAAGGGCUACUGAACAACAAGAAUGUAAAUAAUCUGAUUGCCAACGGUCGUCGCAUAGUUGGCCAUUUCAAACAUUCUUGUAAGGCGACAAAAGAGUUAAAGAAGGCUCAAGCCACGCUGAAAAUGAAAAAACAUAAACUUAUCCAGGAUGAACCAACGCGUUGGAAUUCAUCUCUCCAUAUGCUACAGCGCUUACUUGAGCAAAAACAGUCUGUUUCUUUAGCAUCAGCAACUCUGCAGUUACCUGUGACUUUUUCAUCAGCAGAAUGGAACCUGAUGACAAAUGUAGUAAACCUUUUAAGUAUUUUCAACCAUGCAACAUUGGCUGUAAGUACUCAGUGUGUGACAGCCUCAGAAGUCAUACCUAUAAUCAACAGUUCUACUGAAGAGCUAAGGAAACCAGCACCUACUGGAUCAGGUGUACAGGGCAUCAAAAAUGAUAUGCUUGCUGCCAUAACUUUGAAGUAUUCUGAUGUUGAAGAGAAUAUGUUGUACGCAGUUGCAACAUUACUGGACCCACGAUUUAAACACCAUGUUUUUGUGCAGGACGGUAAUGUCACAAAAGCGAAA